AUGAGACAGAAUGCAUCUGGGCAGCUGCGUCCCUCCCUCUCCAACGGCCCCWCAGCUACCAACUCUCUUCCCCCUCCUCACUCUAGCCUGCCCCCCUCCCGGCCCCACCUGGCCCCUCAGGGCUCGUUGCGGCCCCCCUGCUCCCCUCGACCAUUGGCCAACGGGCCUCUGGCAGGCGGGACACCACACGGACACUCUGACACUCUUUCUGUGGGCAAUAAUAAUAAUGAUGAUGACCCGGUGGCGGCCACAGGACCCAACGGAGACGUGCCUUACCUGCAGCCCGGCGCACUACUACCUCACACCUGCACAAGCACCCAAUCACAGGACACAGCGCGCCGGGCCCUGCACCUAAACUCCACUCAGGGGCUUCAGAAGGGUUCCGCUCCACAUUGGGCGGGUCCUAAUGGGGAUGGGUCUCUCUCCUCCUCUGGGGGGUCAACCCACCCCCUCUCGCACCCACAGACGCCCCACAAUCAGGUUGGACAUUCCGCCGCCCCGUCGCCGCGGCAACAGGCUCUCAACCACCUCCCGUCCCCCCCUUCUCCCCCUCACUCUGCUACCUCAGGUGGAGCAUCUGGCACCCCUGCUACCAAAGAGAGCACGCCCCUCGGCAACGGCCCCGCAGCCACGGCAACAAAGGGGCCUGGGGAGACGACGACGGCCAAUAGCACUGCCGCGGCGGAAAGCUUAUCRAAUCACGUACAGUCGGCGGCGGGAGACGGCGGGACGAGCAACCGGUCCCCUCACCACAGCUCAGACAAUCCUAAGGGGGGCGACCCCACCACCUCCGCCCCCCACAAGAAGAUCAACAACAUCCACCCGGCCGUCUCCUCGGCCGCUUCCUCCCCCAUCUCUGCAAUGUCCACCGCAACUCCCUCGCCCAAAUCCACCGAGCCCGGCCAGUCGACGGGCCCGCACGGCCUCAACAGCCCCUCCACCACCYCKGCAGCAUUAUCAUCAGCCGGCCCCGCCACCGUCGUCAAUGGCAACGGCAAGGGMGGCAUCUCCGAGGACUCCCAGAGCCCGUUGAAGGCGGACCCCCCUGCCACGUGUCGCAGACCCACGCCACCCCAUGCCCGCACACCCCCAUCAUCCUCUUCCUCRGUGUCCAUCUACCCCUCCUCCACUGACGUGCUCAAGGCCUGCAGAAACCUGGGGAAGAACGGUUUGUCUAGCAGCAGUAUACUGCUGGAUAAGUGUCCCCCUCCUCGCCUGCCCCCUCCUCCCUCCCCAGUCCUGCCCAAGGACAAACUCAACCCCCCCACACCAAGCAUCUAUCUGGAGAAUAAGAGGGAUGCCUUCUUCCCUCCGCUGCACCAGUUCUGCACAAACCCCUCCAACCCUGUCACCGUCAUCAGAGGGCUGGCCGGGGCGCUCAAACUGGACCUGGGUCUGUUCUCUACUAAGACCCUAGUGGAGGCUAACCCAGACCAUCUGGUUGAGUGUCGUACCCAGCUGUCUCAGCCCGCUGACGAGAACUGGGACCUGAGUGGCACCAAGAAGAUGUGGCGCUGCGAGAGCGGCCGAGCUCACACCAACCAUCCCAAAUACGCCCAGUACCAGGCUGCCUCCUUCCAGGAGUCACUACGGGAGGAGAAUGAGAAGAAGGCGUUGAAGGAGCCCUCAGACACUGAGCCAGCAUCAGCAGAGAGUGCGGCACGCAAAAGGAGGGGUCCCCUAAAGCACAUCAAAUUUGGGACCAACAUCGACGUGUCGGACGAAAGAAAGUGGAAGCUACAGCUGCAGGAGCUGAGUAAGCUGCCUGCGUURGCCAGGGUGGUGUCUGCUGGCAAUCUGCUCAGCCACGUAGGACACACCAUCCUGGGCAUGAACACUGUCCAGCUCUACAUGAAGGUCCCCGGCAGCAGGAUACCAGGUCAUCAGGAACACAAUAACUUCUGCUCUGUCAACAUCAACAUCGGCCCUGGGGACUGUGAGUGGUUUGCUGUGCCAGAACCCUACUGGGGAGUGAUGAGCAACUUCUGUGAAAAAAACAACAUCAACUUCCUGAUGGGUUCGUGGUGGCCUAACCUGGAGGCGUAUGAGGCAGAUGUGCCUGUCUACCGGUUCAUCCAGCGGCCGGGGGACCUGGUGUGGCUCAACACGGGCACCGUCCACUGGGUCCAGGCCAUCGGCUGGUGCAACAACAUCGCCUGGAACGUAGGACCCCUCAGUGCCCACCAGUACAAGCUGGCCGUGGAGCGUUACGAGUGGAACAAGCUCCAGAGCGUCAAGUCCCAUGUACCCAUGGUGCACCUCUCCUGGAACAUGGCCCGCAACAUCAAGGUGUCCGACCACAAGCUCUUCCAGAUGAUCAAGUACUGCCUGCUGAGGACGCUGAAGCAGUGUCAGUCGGUGAAGGAGGCUCUGGCCGCGGCAGGGAAGGAGACGGUACUGCAGGGCAAACAGGAUGAGCCUGCGCACUACUGCACCAUCUGUGAGGUGGAGGUGUUUAACCUGCUGUUUGUGCGGAGCGAGCUCCUCUCCAGGAAGCAGAAGCAGUAUGUGGUUCACUGCCAGGACUGUGCCCGGAAAGGCAGCGCCGAGCUGGACAACUUUGUGGGUGAAAAACACCGGAUGGAUGAUCUCAUGCAGGUCUACGACCAGUUCACACUAGCCCCUCUGCAUUCAUCUUCAUCUUGACAUUAGACAUCCCUUCGGCUUCUGUGGGGCGACCAAGCAUUACAGGAACUUUCAUUUCAAAGGAAAAAUGGACCAUUUCUGAUAUUCAGGAAAGUCGAGACAGUCUCCCCGUAUGGCUGUUCUCCACAGCGACGGCUGGAGGCAGCAGCGGCUGCGUGUGUCUAUGCAACCUGUCAAGUGCGCCGUGUCAACCCCCCUCUUCCCCCUGGGGGGCGCCAGAGAGCGCACUUCCCAACACAGGACUCCCCUCCUUGUAACAAUGUUCAGCUCUUUUUAAUGGAGGACUUAAUCCAAAACAUUUGGGAAAGGGGUGGGAAUUAUUAUUGAGUGAAGAUGUUUUGUAGAUAUUGUAUCUGUCACAACACCCUAAAAGACUACUGACUGGACAACCUGUUUCUCUUUUUUUUUAUUCUGUUAACAGGCUGAGAUGUGAUCCCUUUGUUUUCCUGAAUUCUCCAGGUGUUUUCCUUCCCUCUAAGGAGCACUAGCCUAACUGGUCUUUUUCUAUGGUAGAUAGUAAUUUUAAGACUCUUUGGAUGGCAAAAUCUACAAAAAAAUUGUAAUGUGAAGAGUUUAGGUGAUUAUCCUUUUUUUUUUUUUUUACAGCUUUUAUGUUUUAUCUUUGUUAUUUUGGAGCUAUGACGUUCAGUUUUUGGUUGUUUAUUAGGUUAAAAAAAAGAGCAAAAAUGUUGGGGAAAAUCAAUAGCCAAGUCACAAAGAAAAAUGGGUUGCACAUUGACCUAAAGGAGAAUUUAGCUUUUUUUAAAAUAACCAAAUAUAUUUUUGAUGUAAAUAGCAUGUUAUUGAAGGGGCCAGACAGUUUUUUGCAAUUUCACUUGGAUUUGAGAAACUUACCGCAACCAGCGAUUGAAUUCCUUCAUCUUCGUUGUGCAGUAUGUGGGCUCUGGAAAAUGAACAGAGGCUCCAAAAACAGCCCAAUAUGUCCUUUUUGAAACGGAAACGCUCAGUAGUGAUGCAGGUCUUUAGAUAGUGGACAGAUGACGUUGUCAUUCUGAACUUUAUCCGCAACGUUAUAUUCCAUUUUGUUGCGAUACCUCCGUCCAUUCUACAGGUCACAGCCAAAACACUUGCGUAAAGGAGGGAUACAAAGUAUUGAAAGGAGAUGCUUCCACACAGGAAGUUCCAGACGCUUGUUGAAUCUAUGCCAAGGUGCAUUGAAGCUGUUCUGGCAGCUCUUGUUGUCCCAACACCCUAGUAAGACGCUUUAUGUUGGUGUUUCCUUUAUUUUGGCAGUUACCUGUAACAGCAGUCUACACGGAGAAUGAAGCAGCUGGAUAUAGGAAACGUCUUGAGACGCACAAAAUGGGAUAUAGUAUUGCGGCAUGACACAAUUUCAAAGACCUGCUUCACGUUUUUUCAGGGCCCCCAUACUGCACAACCAGGYUGAGGAAAUGAUUCGCUGGUUUGUGUUAAGUUUUUCAAACAAGUGAAAUCGCAUAAAAAUGUGGACUUCUAUAACAUGCCAUUUACAUCAAAAUACAGAUUUGGUUGUUUAAAAAAAAAAAGAAGAGCUAACUUCUCCUUUUUAAGGAUUAAAGUUUGAUUUGUGAUUUUUGUUAUGUUUCUAAUCUUGAUGUAAAUUUACACUAUUUAUAAAUACAUAUUUAUUGCUUGAAAAUAUUUGUUGAUGGAAUGCUGUUAUUUUUUUCCAGAGUACCUGCCAUUAAAUUUGAAGGAGUUUUGUCAUUUUAACACAACUCCUCGUACAUUUUCUAUAUAUAAAUAAAACUGCUUAGCAAGCGUUGUACAGAAACUGACAUUUAAAAUUGUUUUAUUGUUUUGAAGAAUGUUUUAUGACGAGUCAUUAAACACAAUUGUCAAAUAA